GAUGGGCGUGCUGGAGGCGGCGCCGCCGCAGCCGCGCAAGGCGGCGCGACGCGGCUGGGGUCGCAAGCGCGUGACGACGCACACGUGCGCGUACCCGGGCUGCGUGAAGACGUACACGAAGAGCUCGCACCUGAAGGCACACCUGCGCACGCACACGGGCGAGAAGCCGUACUGCUGCGGCUGGAAGGGAUGCGGCUGGAAGUUCGCGCGCUCCGACGAGCUGACGCGACAUUACCGCAAACAUACGGGCGACCGGCCGUUCCAGUGCCAGCUGUGCGAGCGCGCCUUCUCGCGCUCCGACCACCUCUCGCUGCACAUGAAGCGACACGUGACCGUGUGAGGACAGAGGGCGCCACCAGCGCUGCUCGGACACGGUCGGCGUCGCCGGCGUCGCCGAUCGUCGCGGUCCGGUGUAAUUUUUAACCCCGUGUAAGUAUCGCGUGAUAGUCGGUUGCAUGUAGUUUCCCCUGCAUUCUCCUCGAGUGCAAGUGGGAGAGAAAAGUUAUUAUCGUUGAUUUUUAGAGUUUACCGAUGCAACUUAUUUAGAUUUAUCGUUAUUCUUUUGUUUUUAUUCGUACCUGACGCACGCGGUCUUGGUAGAGUUAGCUUGGCAAUAGCUUGUUUUAGCAGUAGCCUAGGAGGCAUCUGGCAUGCCUCUGUUAGAGCGAGAGAGAGAGAUUCUUAAUUUUGAGUAAGCUUUAUGACGUUUGUUCGUCACUGCAUGACGUAUGUAGAGAGAUAUAAAGAGACAGGGGGGUCACUGGUGACCCUGGCAGGCAAAAGUAAACAAUUCACUCGCGUUUCUACCAGCUCGCGUGUGUCAGUAAACUUUGUUGCGUGUAACGAAAUCUACACCGACCGCCAUGAGUCACCAUUGCUAGCGGACAUGCCCACAGAACUGGUAUUGGGCAUGGGUGUAAUGCGUAGGAUGGAACAGCCUGCUUCUGCGUAAGCUAGUGCUACUGCGCCGGGGUGCAGCGCACAAGAACGAACGGCGUGCUGGCGCGAUAAAUGAGCCUGUGAGAUUUCUGACGCGAGUAAAUCCGCGAGUUUCCGCUGCUGAUACGCAGCAGCGGCCGUUACGUGGUCUUCCUGGCGUGACACAGUGAUUAUUCCACAUAUAUCCCGGUUACAGGGAGAGACCCCCGUGUCGAAUCUGGUGAUAUACCUUACGGUAUCCAGCGACCGAACCAAGUAGCUCACGAUUUUUUACGGAUGUUUUCGAAAUGAUUACGGUCAUGUGAUAUAUAACACGGCAAGUCUGCUAGAAUGUUUCUGGUGACGUUCAAAGCGUUUCGCUCGAGCGUCGAAGGUCGUUCGUGCACUAGUGCUGCCAUCUAUUGAGCUGCUUGCGCGUCGUUUGAACUCAAGAGGUGCUAUUGAAUACGCGUGGCCUGCUGGUGAUGGCACGGGCGUUAGAUCUGCGGAUUAUUAGUCAGUUGUUGGGAAGAGAGACUCGGUGUGCCACGUUGAACGUGAUGUCCCAUAUAUAGUGUACAAAAUUAGAAUGCGUGAAGCGUAUACUGUGUAUAUGCCAGAGAAAAAGAAUUGUUAUCGUUGUUAGCCAUUUACUAUUAUACUGUUGCUGUUUAUAUAGUGAUGUAUACUGAUGUUUUGAGAUAUUCUCAUCCAAGUAGGUAUAUAUUUACCGCGUUGUAAGUGAACUACGCCAAGUUUUUGUAAGAUAACGUCAAUGUAUAUAUUUUAUAUGAAGUGUUGAGAAUUACCGAAUACAUUUGAUACUUUUGCGCGAAAA